AUGUCCAACAUCACACUCGGCAACCUCUCCUACAUCUCGCGUGAAGAGCUCGCCGAGCAGCUGAAAACUUCAUCCUCUGCGCCUUCCCUCCCCUCCCACCUCGCCAUUAUUGAUGUCCGCGACAGCGACCACGUUGGGGGCCACAUCCGCGGCAGCACGUGGGUGCCCUCGAGCGAGCUCGACUACAAGACACCCGAGCUCGUGCGGACGCUGAAAGAUAAAGAGGUUGUGGUGUUCCAUUGUGCGUUGAGUCAGCAGCGGGGACCGAGCGCGGCUUUGAGGUAUAUACGGGAGAGGGAGAGGUUAGAUCAGGGGAGGGGUGGGGAGAAGGAAACUGGGGAUGGGGAAGAGAAGGAGCCAGGGAAGGAGAAGGGGCAGAAGGUGCUGGUCUUGCGGGGCGGGUUUACGCAGUGGCAGGAUAAGUAUGGGCCUGAUAAGGGGCUGACGGAGGCGUGGCAGAAGGAUAUUUGGGAGUUUGGGUAUUGA